AUAAACAGAUCUCGGGAGCCACUCACAAGCCAGACUUCUUCUGUGACUACCUCCAAUUAAUUUGGUGCGGUGCGGGUGAUGGAUGUGAAGGUGUAAGCUGACGGCUGCAGAUGCUGUGCUGGUCCCAGAGGCCUCUGAGUGCUGGGAAGGAGAUGAACCCUGCCACGUCUGUGGGGAACAGCUGGGCAGCCCCAUGGGACACGGGACGGACAAGAUAAAUGGCUCUACCUUGCCAUCCUGGGCAGGACCUGCUUCCUUGUAGUAAUGUUGGCAGCUUUCUCCUCUCCUGAAGUGCAUUGCUUUUUCACAAACACAGCUUUUACCUUUUUUCCGUCCCAAGUUGGAUUUGCUGCCGCUGCCUUGAAGAUGACUUCCUUGCCUGUUGCCUAAAUGGUUCAUUCAGACAGGCUUGAAAUUUGUCUUAGAGGCUCGUUAGCCACAACACGAGACGUGUCCCGCUGCAAACAGGAGCACUCACGUACUGAAUUCUGAAGCUUAUACAUGGUGUUUCCAGGAAUUAUCUCAAAGUGCACAUAUAUUGAAAGAAAUCUCAAGAAGAAAAGCAUAUCAAAGGUGACAAGAAUAGCAGAGCAGAGAAGUUAAGAGUGAUGCAGUGAACACAGAUGUAAAGAACAAAGGAGAGAGGAAGGAGCUGAGCCUGGUGUAGUGGGGGAGAGAAGAAGAAGCCUAAAUGCAAGUACUUGCACGUGGAAAUGAUUGAUUGCAGGCUGCUUAACAGGAGUUUAAUGUGGUGCUUUAAUCUGCAUCUAGUGCUGGUUGGCACUUUCGGAGUGGUGCCUGAGAUAGGUUAAUGUUUUUUAAAUUAUCUGUCUUGGCUUCAAGACUUUGGACUCUUAUGUCAAUAAUUUACCGUUCUAAACAGGGAAAUGGCAUCGGGGUCACGUGCACGUGUGUGAGAGAGAGAAAGAAGGCGGUUUGAGCCCUGACUGAAUAGUGUAACGCGGCCUGGUGCAGCUGAGGGGCUGUGAAGCACUCGCUUCCUAGCUAAGCAGUAUCGAAAUGUAGUAAAAAAAUCUGUGACGGGGUUGAUCAGAGAAAGCUGGAGGGGCGUGGGACGUCGUCCUGUGCAGCCAGAACCAAAUUUGUCUGAAAAAUAACUGUGAUGUGAAUAUAUUUUUCAUUCUCUUAAUCAAGUUUGCGGGACAGAAACAGCCAUCUGAAAACACUCGAGUUAGUAGAUACAUCAUUUUAGCUAGUACAGUGGUGUUUCCUGUGUUUGGUUUUGUUUUGGUUACAUUUUCUGUGGCAAAAAAAAGUCUUCUACAAAUGCAGGUACACGGGCCAAAAAAAGAGGUCUCUUGGAGCGUAACUGAUUUUCUUUGUGGCCUCUGGUAUCCUGCCUGUAUAAGCAGAAGAGCUGUUGCCAUUGCCUUGUGUCUUCAGGUGAAGGGUGUACUAAUACAGGUGUACCAAGACUGUUUUCUUCUGUGGAGAAAGCUUCAUCAUUUCUGUUACUCCUAGGGGAGGCUUCUACAUAGAUCCAAAGUCAGCAUAAUGUUUACGAUUGUUCAAUGCCUGCAAAUCUUUAAUAAGUCUGUAUUUUGUGCUGGUAGAUGGGGGAACCGCAGUUCUGCCAGGAAAACAAGUAACGUUGUCCCUUGUUCCCUUCAGCUCCUUGCAGUGCAGGUAACAAUGCCUGUCGAAAGAAUGCGGAUGCGCCCAUGGCUGGAAGAACAAAUAAAUUCUAACACAAUACCGGGGCUGAAAUGGCUAAAUAAGGAGAAGAAGAUUUUUCAGAUUCCAUGGAUGCACGCUGCAAGACAUGGGUGGGAUGUUGAAAAAGAUGCUCCCUUAUUUAGAAACUGGGCAAUUCACACAGGAAAAUACCAAUCGGGGGUAGAUAAACCUGAUCCAAAGACAUGGAAAGCAAACUUCCGAUGUGCUAUGAACUCUCUGCCUGAUAUAGAAGAAGUGAAGGACAAAAGUAUAAAGAAAGGAAACAAUGCCUUCAGGGUGUACCGGAUGCUGCCACUAUCUGAAAGACCUUCUAAAAAAGGAAAAAAAACAAAGUCCGAGAAGGACGACAAAUUCAAACAAAUUAAGCAAGAGCCAGUUGAAUCAUCUUUUGGGAUUAAUGGGCUAAAUGAUGUCACUUCUGACUAUUUCCUGUCCUCCAGUAUAAAAAAUGAAGUUGACAGUACAGUGAACAUUGUAGUUGUAGGACAGCCGCACCUUGAUGGCAGCAGCGAGGAGCAGGUGAUAGUUGCCAAUCCUCCAGAUGUUUGCCAGGUAGUAGAGGUGACAACAGAAAGUGAUGAACAGCCCCUCAGCAUGAGCCAACUGUACCCCCUACAGAUCUCCCCUGUCUCAUCCUAUGCAGAAAGUGAAACGACUGACAGCGUUCCAAGCGAUGAAGAAAAUGCAGAGGGACGACUUCAUUGGCAGAAGAAAAACAUUGAAGGCAAACAGUAUCUCAGCAAUCUGGGAAUGAGGAACACUUCUCAUACGCUUCCCAGCAUGGCUACUUUUGUUGCCAACAAGCCUGACCUGCAGGUGACCAUCAAAGAAGAAAGCUGCCCACUGCCUUACAACAGCUCCUGGCCCCCCUUCCCAGACAUCCCCCUGCCACAAGUAGUGUCCACAGCCUCCACUAGCAGCAGCCGGCCAGACCGCGAGACACGGGCAAGCGUCAUCAAGAAAACAUCAGACAUCACCCAGUCGAGAGUCAAGAGCUGCUAAGCCGUUGACAGUGUGUUUUUUAGCUUUGUUUUGUUUGGUUUUGUAUUUUAUGUUUCUCUAGGAGAGGUUCAUCCCUUGACGCACAUUUAGACAAAUCUAAGGUAAAGAAAGCCUUGGCAAUAUAAAACAUUGCUGUGUCCGACUCCAGUGCCGGAGUGUUUUUAACUCAGGACUCCAGCCGUCAGUAUGUACACCUGAACCCAGACGGACUCCCAAGGUUGCUAGGUAGGAAAAACCCAAGAACUUUGGCCCACUCGCAGGUUCCAGUGUUUCAUAUGAGGACCAACCGACCACAAGGGAAGUGGUGCUGCUGCGCUUCUUGCCGUCAAGGCUGUGAUGGAACUGAAAGCCUCAGAAUGGAAGAGAAAAUGUGAACUAGCUGGAAUAUUUUUAAAUAAAAAAAUCUAUUGUGAAUAUUGUACAUAGUGCAGUACUAGCAACGUUGCAGUCUGCUUCUGCACCUUAUUAAGAAAGCACUUAUGAAAGGCCUUUUAUUACCUUGCUCUACUUAAUGGCACAUUGAAGGUCCCUCCCCACCUGUAUUCUUUUCCAAGGCUAUUCUUGCUAAAGUGUCUUUAAAGAAUAGAGGAAAGGAAAGGAAGUUAAAACUUCCCAUGUGGAUUUCAUACAUUUUAAGACUGCUUUUCUCAUGUUUGUUUUCUAAUCUGCUAUGCUUGAAUGCCGCGUGGUACAAUAGGAAAAAAAAAAAAACUAUUACAGAGAUAUUAUGCAAAUUCCCAGAUUUAAAAAAGAAGAAGAAAAAUACUCUAAUUCUAACCAGAGCAAGCUUUUUUAUUUUUUAUACAGGGGAAUAUUUUAUUCAAAAUAAAAUUCUAAAGUGAAUAUAAUUUUUUUUAAUCUUUUCUACAGCAAAUUUAUAAUUUUAAGAAUCAGUCCUUGGUUAUCAGCAGUUAUUACAUCCUUGUGGCACAUUUUUUUUUUAAUUUUGUAAAGGUGAAAUAGCUUUUAUGAGCUCAUGUAGCAAUCAGAUUAUCCUGUGGAUUGAUAAUAAAUAUGGUAUAUAGUUAAAUUUUUAA